AUGGAUAAUGGGAUCACUUAUCCCAUUUUUGACAGGGGCAAACAGUUUUGCAAUAGACCAUUUGAGGCCCUCAUGAAGAAAUAUGGGAUCACUUAUAAGCUGGCUACACCCUAUCAUCCUCAGACUAGUGGUCAGGUUGAGGUAUCCAAUAGGCAGAUUAAGCAAAUUUUAGAAAAGACUGUCAACCCUAAUCGCAAGGAUUGGUCUCUUAGACUUGUGAACGCCUUAUGGUCUCAUAGAACUACGUUCAAGACUGAUCUUGGACAAUCUUCUUACCGCCUUGUGCAUGGGAAGGCAUGUCAUCUUCCAAUUGAGUUACAAUAUAGAGCCUUUUGGGCUAUAAAAAAGUUGAAUUUUGAUCUACCUACUGCUGGUACUCAUAGAGGACUCCAACUAACUGAGUUGGAGGAGCUUCGCAAUGAUGCCUAUGACAAUGCUAGGAUUUAUAAGGAGAAAACCAAGGCUUUUCAUGAUAGACAAAUCCUUAGGAAGUCUUUCACACCUGGUGAGGUUUUGCUUUACAAUUCUAGGUUGGAUAUUUUUCCAGGCAAGUUGAGAUCCUGUUGGGAUGGUCCUUAUGUUGUGCAUACUGUUUUUUCUCAUGGUGCUAUUGAGGUGUUGAACUUAGCACAUGUGCAAUUUUCAAGGUCAAUGGACAAUGGUUGA